UUUUUUUAUUCUUCUUCCACAUACAAAAUAACAAAAAGAAAAAAAAAGAUGCUUCCCUACCAGACUCUCCAAGAAGCAGAGGAAGCCCUUGGCAGAACUGCAACAUUUGCUGAAAAGCUAUGGUUCACAUACUCUGCCAAAAAACCAGAUUAUAUUCUUCACUAUCACAACACUCUCUUCCUUUUCUUAUUCUAUUCCAUACUACCUCUUCCAUACCUCUUCAUAGAACUCUAUUUAUCCAAAAACAUGGACAGGUACAAGAUUCAACCAAAGAUCAAGAGGUCAAUCUGGGACAUGUUUAAGUGCUAUAGAGACGUCAUGCUCACUUUUGUUGUUGCUGUAUGUCCUGUUCAAAUUCUUUCAUACCCAACAAUCAAGUGCAUAGGAAUUCGGACAGGUAUGGAGUUGCCGUCAGCAUCCGAAAUAUUUUUGCAACUAUUGGUGUACUUUAUGAUAGAGGAUUUUUCCCAUUACUGGCUGCAUCGGAUGCUCCAUUCUAAAUGGGCAUACCAGAAGAUCCACCGGGUUCACCACCAAUACACCGCUCCCAUUGGACUUUCAGCACCCUAUGCUCACUGGGCGGAGGUCUUGAUCUUGGGCUUUGCGUCUUUUGUGGGUCCAGCAAUUGUUCCUUGCCAUAUGACCACGUACUGGCUAUGGUUCAUUUUGCGGCAACUGGAGGCCAUCGAGACUCAUAGCGGGUACGAUUUGCCUUGGAGUCCCACAAAAUACAUCCCAUUCUAUGGAGGAGCAGAGUACCACGACUACCAUCACUAUAUUGGAGGACAAACCCAAAGCAACUUUGCAUCAGUUUUUACCUAUUGCGAUUACAUUUAUGGAACUGACAAGGGCUACCACCACCACAAAAAAGUUCUCCAAAAGCUGAAGGAGAACGUGGGAAAAGAAGUCAGAGAAAAUUGAGUGAAGUAGGAAGCUGUGCUCCUAGGUGGGUGGGUAGUACUCUAAUAAUAGUUCGGUGCCAAUGUUGGGGGGGGGGGGGGCCUUCGUUGAAUGGACACCAGUAACCAGUCAUGCAAAUGCUAAUAACGACAUUAGUCAUUUUCGUUUGGCGAAUGGCUUGUGUCAUUGUCACGGAUAAUAAAAGUAGAUUUGUUUUUGUUUGCCUCAA